GGUUGGAUAAUAUGUGGCUUAUCUCGUUGGGAUCGUCACACUAUAUUCUACAAUAUCCAUACUGGCUUUUCUCGUUUACAGUGUUUUCCCUCUUCUCAUGGUCACUGCCAUGGCAACCAUGGAGCUGCCACCCCCAUUUCCAUUCUCUCACAUGAACUCCACCCACAAAGGAGAAAUUGGGCUCUCAAUCACAGCUCAUUCUCCUGUCCCUGUAAAACAGAAGCCGAAACUAGAAACUGACAACAACAUCAGCAGCCAUAAGUCUGAAAUCGAUGCUGUAUCUAAGCAGAGAAGAUUGAAGAAGGAAUUGGGCAUCUUGGCUUCUUUGCAGAGGAAGAGAGACAUUGCUUUGGGGAUGGACAUAUAUGGACAUCUAUUGGAGGUCUGCACUGCCACGAAAGCAAUGACAGAAGGUAAGCAACUCCAUGCCCAUAUACUUAAAAGUGGACUCGAACAAAACCAAUACGUGGGAACCAAGCUUAUAAUACUGUAUUCUGUGUGCUUGAGCAUGCAGGAUGCAAGGCUUGUUUUUGAUAGAAUUCACGAAAGAAACGUUAUCUUGUGGACUGCCAUGAUUAGAGGGUAUGCUAGGAAUGGGAUUUUUGAUGAGGCUCUUAGAUUAUUUUAUAAAAUGCAAGAGACAGGGGUACAACCUGAUAACUUUGUUUAUCCCCUGGCCCUUAAGGCGUGCGGUGGGUUGUUGGAUCUGGACAAAGGGAAGAAGAUACAUUGCCAGAUUGUGAGAAAUCGGCUUGAAUCUGAUGUUUUUGUGGGUACUGCUCUUUUAGAUAUGUAUGUUAAAUGUGGUAGAAUUGAGAAUGCACGUCAAGUCUUUGAAAAAAUGUCUAAGAGAGAUGUGGUUUUGUGGAAUGCUAUGAUUACUGGCUAUGCCCAGAAUGGACACUCUAAUGAGGCACUGAAACUCUUUCAUCAGAUGCUAGAGAGUGGGGUUAAACCGAAUUCAACCACCAUGGUGAGCGUCCUUCCGGCCUAUGCGGAUUUGGGUGAUCUGCAAGAGGGUGUCUGGAUCCAUGAUUAUAUUAUUAAAAAUCAGUUUGAAUCGGAUAUUUCUGGAAGGAAUUCCCUAAUAGCAAUGUAUGCAAAAUGUGGGAAUAUAAGCAUUGCUCGAAUGUUGUUUGAUAAAAUGUCAAAAAGAGAUGUGGUUUCAUGGAAUGCAAUGAUUGCAGCUUAUGCCCGGAAUGCACAUGACAAGGAGGCAUUUGCACUCUUUAGACAGAUGCAAUUGUCUGGUGUGAAGCCUAACUCAGUCACCAUUGUAAGUAUUCUCCCAGUAUGUGCCCGCUCAGCAGAUUCGCUCAAGGGGAAAGAGAUCCAUAAUUACAUAAUUAAGCAUGGAUUUGAGUCAAACAUUCUUGUCAAAAAUGCGCUUAUAGACAUGUAUGCCAAAUGUGGAUAUACACAAGUUGCACGGCAGUUGUUUGAUAGAAUGCCAAAAAAAGAUACAGUCUCAUGGAAUGCAAUGAUUUCAGGCUAUGUUUCUGCUGGAUAUAACAGUAAUGCCUUGGAACUCUUCGGGCAAAUGCAGCUAGAGAAAAUCAAACCAAAUGAAAUCACUAUGCUAUGUGUUCUCCCAGCAUUUUCUGACAUUACAGAUCCCGAUCAAAAGAAGUGGAUUCAGGAUUUUGUAACGAGAAGUGGACUAGAAUCCAGUGUUUCAGCAGGAACUGCCCUUGUAUCUAUGUAUUCUAAGUUUGGAAAAAUGGAAGUAGCAAAAAAUGUGUUCGAAAAGAUGUCUAAUAGGGAUGUGGCGGUAUGGAAUACACUAAUUGCAGGUUAUGCCAAAACUGAAUACAGAAAUGAGGCCUUGACACUCUUUUCUCAAAUGCAACUAGAAGGGGUGAUUCCCAAUUCCUCUACCAUAGUGAGUGUUCUCUAUGUAUGUGCCGAUUUAGCAGCUCUCAGGCAAGGCAAGUGUAUCCAUAGUUAUCUCAUUAGAAGCGGACUUGAAUUAGAUGUUUAUUUCUGCAAUGCUCUGGUAACAAUGUAUGCAAAGUGUGGGAGAAUCAAGACUGCACGCAAGUUAUUUGAUGAAAUGCCUGAAAGAGAUGUAGUUUCAUGGAAUGCUAUGAUUGCAGGAUAUGGAAUGCAUGGUUAUGGCAAGGAUGCCUUUGAACUUUUCUCCCAAAUGCAGCUAUCAGGUUUGAUGCCAGACUAUGUCACUUUCAUUGGAGUUUUGUCUGCUUGUAGUUAUGCAGGCCUUGUACAUGAGGGCUGGCAAUAUUUUGAUAGCAUGAAUCGAGAUUAUUGUAUCACCCCCAGGAUGGAGCAUUAUGCAUGCAUGGUUGAACUUCUUGGCCGUUUAGGACGUCUUUAUGAAGCAUUGGAUUUCAUUAAAAUGAUGCCUAUAAAGCCUGAAGCAAAGGUGUGGAGGACCUUGCUUAGUGCUUGCAGAAAACAUCACAAUAUACAGCUAGGCAAACGCGCGGCACAGUGCCUUAUUGAGCUAGAGCCUCAAAAUGUGGUGUAUUAUGAAUUACUUUUAAACAUUUAUGCUGCUGCUGGUAGAUGGGAUGAUGUAGUAAAGGUGAGGAAACUGCAAAAAGAUAGGGGGUUGGAAAAGAGUCCAGGAUACAGCUGGAUUGAGAUAAAAAACAGGGUUCAUGCUUUUGUUGUAGGAGACAAAUCGCACCCACAAACAGAUAAAAUAUAUGCUCAGCUGAAGAGCUUGGUUGGGCAUAUGAAAGCAGUAGGAUAUGUUCCAGACACAAGCUUUGUGCUACAUGAUGUGGAGGAAGAAGUAAAGGAAGAUGUUCUUUUCAGCCACAGUGAGAAAUUGGCAACUUCUUUCGGGCUUAUUAACACAAACCCUGGUAAACCUCUAUGGAUAACAAAAAACCGUACAGUGUGUAGCGAUUGUCAUACUGCCUUAAAGUUCAUCUCCAAAAUUGAGGACCGAGAAAUUAACUUGAGGGAUUCAAAUAGAUUCCAUCAUUUCAAGGAUGGAUUGUGUUCCUGUGGAGAUUACUGGUAAUGUCAAAUAUGAAGAACAGCAUGAGCUUCUUGUAAUAACAAAUGCAUGCGUACAAUUGGGUUUCCCUAGCCAGAUUUUAGGGGACUAAUUUUGUUUCAAGAAAGAAUUAAUGUCGAGAUAGCCCGGUCAUUAUCAAUCUAUAUGUAAGCUGAAGCAAACCCUCACAAGAAGGAUUGAAAAUUAAACAAAAUGCAAUUACAAAUUGAUGAUUUCUAUAAUAGGUGGAGGUGCCCCUUGAAAGAUAUUUUGCCACAAUCUUAACAGUACUGCUAUUAUUUUUUGUACUAUAUAUUUUAACUAUCUUAGGUAUAGAAACACCACCUCCAAUUAUUUGAUUUCUAGAAUUAAUGUUUCCCUUUGUCACUGAUAAAAUUUUAAAUCUUAGUUUGAUUACGAUUAUACAUUAUAAACUGUUGAAUCAUUAUUGAUAUUGGUAUCCAUGACAACCAAUACCUUGAUACCGAUUGUAGAUUCUAGAAGAUGUGCUUCUACUGAUUAUGAUUUAUUUUAUACAGACCUGUUGAAUCAUUGGAGAUAAAUCUCUUUUUUC